CGGCGGGCUGAUCGCCGGAAUGUUCCGUAAGACGCCCAAAGAGAAGCCGUCUCCGUCUCCGUCGUCUCCUGCCGUGACGGUCAGCAAAGCAGAGAGCGAUUCAGAAGAUACGGCAGAACCAGAAGACCAGGAAAAGCGAGGCUUCUUCUCUAAGAAACCCAACAGAAGAGACGAGGCGGCUGAACAGGACGGCCUCAGUGGUCGAGGGGAGCUUUCUGCAAGCAACGACAGUCUGUCUGACAACGGCAACAAGAAGGAGAAAGGAGGAAUAUUCAGCGGGAUCCUCCGAAAGUCUCCCAAGAUUCCAGCAGAGGGAGCAGCUGAGCAGGAGAAAGGAGGCGCUUUCGGUGGAAUGUUCAAGAAAUCUCCCAAACCGCCUGAGGAGGCUGCAGAGCCGCUGCACGGCGAGCUCUCCGCCAGCACGGACAGCCUAUCGGAGAAAGGAGGCGUGUUCGGCGGACUCCUCAAGAAGACCCACAGGCCCAGAGAGGAAAACCUGUCGGCCCAGAAAUCUCUUUCAGCGAGCAGCGACAGUCUGACUGACGGCGGCAGCACAAAGGAGAAAGGAGGCGGUGCGUUCGGCGCUCUGUUCAGGAAGUCUCCUCGAGCGGCGGAGGAAGAAGCUCAGUCCACAGACGAUGAACUCUCGGGCAGCAGAGAAGCUCUCAACGUCAAGGAAAGGGCGGAGUCCCCGGAGCGAGAAGCUCGGGAGGAGCUGUCGGCUGGCGACGACCAGCCGGCCGAGAGCGCCGCCGCCGCCAAGGAGAAAAAUAUCUUCAGCAACAUGUUCAAGAAGCCACAGAAACCAGCGGAGGACGAGGAGCCGGAGGAGAAACCAGACGUCUGGUCAUCCGGCAGCUGUGAGAAUCUGUCUGACAACGUCCCAAAGGAGAAGCGAGGGGGCCUGGCGGGUAUCUUCAAAAGGUCCGUCAGCGUGGACGACUUGUUCGACGAGGAGAAAGGACUGUUCAGUGGACUGAAGAGGAAAACACCCAAAGGCUCCGAGGCCGAGGACAGCGACGCCCAGAAGGAAGGACACGGCAACGCCCCCGGCAACGCCCCCGGCAACGCCAAGGAGAAAAGUAUGCUAAGCGCGAUGUUCAAGAAGACUCCUAAAGCCGCCGAGGACGAGGUGACGACCUCGACCCCGAAGGAGUCAAAUGAUGACAAGAAGUUAUCUGCCAGCCGGGAAAAUCUAUUAGACACUUCAAAGGAGAAGACUGGAGGACUCUCUGGGAUCUUUAAGAAGUCUCCUAAACUGGCUCCACGCUCGGUCGCUAAUCAGGAUCCUCUCCAGGACUCAAAGGAUUUGUCUGCCAGCUGCGACAGUCUCACUGAGGAUGCUCCUCCGGCUGUCGGUGAAACGUCAACCAGCAACGACAACCUGUCCGAAGCAACGAGCACCCCGAAGGAGAAAACAACUGGGUUUUCUAAUAUGUUCAAGAAGACGCCGAAAACACAACAGGCGGCAAAUGGCGAGGACACGAAGGAGCCAGAAAGAGGCGGGCUGAAACGCAGGAGGACCAUCAGGAGGAAGAAGCGAGUUGUGUCAUUCAGAGUCAAGAGAACUCUUCCCGAAAUAACAAAACUCAAUCGAACUUCGGAGAGAUCGGAUAUGACGGCCAUCAUGGAGGAGUCCUUUGAGCUGCAGGAGCUGAACGUGGCACCGGAGAACCGAGUGGAGAUCCAGCCUGUGGAGAUGGCGGCUUAUCCCACCGAAGAAAACCCUCUUACCUCUGAACAGGAAACCGACGAUGACCUGAUGGACUGGUGGAACACGGUCAAAGGCUGGGCCGAGUGGAACGAGGCGUCUCACCUCCAGGAGGGCGACGAGCAGAUGCUGAUGCAGCAGGCGGCGGACCGCGUCUACAUGGCGGCGCGUCUGUUCGUGCGCCUGUUCAACCGGCGCGGCGCGUUGCUGCAGCGCCGCAUCCUGGAGCUGCUCGCCAUGGCGGACGCCGCGGACGAGUUCCACAAGAAGACGGUGCAGGCGGCGGUGGGCGGCGGCGUGGCGAGCAUCGCCGGCAGCAUCGCCACCAUCACGGGCCUCAUCCUGGCGCCCUUCACCUUCGGCGCCUCCAUCAUCGUCACGGCGGUGGGCAUCGGCGUGGCGACGGCCGGCAGCAUCACGUCGGCCACGGCCAACAUCACCGACACGGUGCGCUCCAACAUGGAGCGCAAGAGGCUGGAGAAGAUGAUCCAGGGUUACCAGGACGACAUCAAAGACAUCCGGCAGUGCCUGGAGUUCGUCCAGGCGGGCAUGGACACCCUCCAGGAGUGGGACUUUGAGAAGUUCUCUGAGAGCGUGGCGAAGAAGGCGAUGAACCACAACCUGAAGCACGUGAUGAAGGAGGGCGGCCGGGCGGGCAAGGCGCUGAUGAUCAACACGGACAAGCUCAUCAGCACCGUGCAGGUGCUGGGCGUGGCGGGCGGCGCCGCCAAGGCGGUGCAGGCCAUCAGCAUCACCACGGGCGUCAUGUCAGCGCUCUUCCUCGCGCUGGACGUCUUCUUCCUCGCCAAGGACUCCCACGAGCUGCGCAAGGGCGCCAAGACCAAGUUCGCCACCAAGAUCCGUGACGUGUGCAAAGAGCUGCAGGACGGCCUGCUGGAGCUGAACCGCGUGAAGACCGCGCUGCAGAAGACCAUGGACGGCAUUGAGGUGGAGGAGUACGAGGAGGUGCAGGAGGUGGAGGAGGAGGUGGACGACGACGACGAAGACGAGUCGGACCCGCGCAAGCUGGCGGAACAGGACCUCCUGGAGGAGAAGCUGGACAGGAAGGUGGAGGAGGAGAAGAAGAAGAAGAGCAAAGAGAUGGAGAAGAAGGACAAAGAGGAGGUGGAGGAGGAGAAGGAGAAGAAGAAGAAGAGCAAAGAGAUGGAGAAGGACAAAGAGGAGGUGGAGGAGGAGAAGAAGAGCAAAGAGAUGGAGAAGGACAAAGAGGAGGUGGAGGAGGAGAAGAAGAAGAAGAGCAAAGAGAUGGAGAAGAAGGACAAAGAGGAGGUGGAGGAGGGAAAGAAGGAGAAAGAGAUGGAGAAGAAGGACAAAGAGGAGGUGGAGGAGGAGAAGAAGAAGAAGAGCAAAGAGAUGGAGAAGAAGGAC